AUGGAACAAGAAAUGGAAAGACGUCAAUUCAAAUUGGCCCAAGUACAGGCCUGUCAGCCAGAAGAUAGCAGGCCCACCAGGAAAUGGACAGGACAUGACCGUGAAUGGUGGUUCGAGGGUUGGCCAAAGAGCUGGUUAGAACCUGAACAAAGUUCUAACCAGCUAUUUGAGGAUUGUCAGCCAGAAGAUAGCAGGCCCACCAGGAAAUGGACAGGACAUGACCGUGAAUGGUGGUUCGAGGGUUGGCCAAAGAGCUGGUUAGAACCUGAACAAAGUUCUAACCAGAUAUUUGAGGAUUGUCAGCCAGAAGAUAGCAGGCCCACCAGGAAAUGGACAGGUCAUGACCGUGAAUGGUGGUUCGAGGGUUGGCCAAAGAGCUGGUUAGAACCUGCACAAAGUUCUAACCAGAUAUUUGAGGAUUGUCAGCCAGAAGAUAGCAGGCCCACAGAGAAAUGGUCAGGACACGACCGUGAAUGGUGGUUCGAGGGUUGGCCAAAGAGCUGGUUAGAACCUGAACAAAGUUCUAACCAGAUAUUUGAGGAUUGUCAGCCAGAAGAUAGCAGGCCCACCAGGAAAUGGACAGGACAUGACCGUGAAUGGUGGUUCGAGGGUUGGCCAAAGAGCUGGUUAGAACCUGAACAAAGUUCUAACCAGAUAUUUGAGGAUUGUCAGCCAGAAGAUAGCAGGCCCACCAGGAAAUGGACAGGACAUGACCGUGAAUGGUGGUUCGAGGGUUGGCCAAAGAGCUGGUUAGAACCUGAACAGAGUUCUAACCAGAUAUUUGAGGAUUGUCAGCCAGAAGAUAGCAGGCCCACAGAGAAAUGGUCAGGACAUGACCGUGAAUGGUGGUUCGAGGGUUGGCCAAAGAGCUGGUUAGAACCUGAACAGAGUUCUAACCAGAUAUUUGAGGAUUGUCAGCCAGAAGAUAGCAGGCCCACAGAGAAAUGGUCGGGACAUGACCGUGAAUGGUGGUUCGAGGGUUGGCCAAAGAGCUGGUUAGAACCUGCACAAAGUUCUAACCAGAUAUUUGAGGAUUGUCAGCGAGAAGAUAGCAGGCCCACAGAAGAAUGGACAGGACAUGACUGUGAAUGGUGGUUCGAGGGUUGGCCAAAGAGCUGGUUAGAACCUGAACAAAGUUCUAACCAGAUAUUUGAGGAUUGUAAGCCAGAAGAUAGCAGGCCCACCAGGAAAUGGACAGGACAUGACCGUGAAUGGUGGUUCGAGGGUUGGCCAAAGAGCUGGUUAGAACCUGAACAAAGUUCUAACCAGAUAUUUGAGGAUUGUCAGCCAGAAGAUAGCAGGCCCACAGAGAAAUGGUCAGGACAUGACCGUGAAUGGUGGUUCGAGGGUUGGCCAAAGAGCUGGUUAGAACCUGAACAAAGUUCUAACCAGAUAUUUGAGGAUUGUCAGCCAGAAGAUAGCAGGCCCACAGAGAAAUGGUCAGGACAUGACCGUGAAUGGUGGUUCGAGGGUUGGCCAAAGAGCUGGUUAGAACCUGCACAAAGUUCUAACCAGAUAUUUGAGGAUUGUCAGCAAGAAGAUAGCAGGCCCACAGAAGAAUGGACAGGACAUGACCGUGAAUGGUGGUUCGAGGGUUGGCCAAAGAGCUGGUUAGAACCUGAACAAAGUUCUAACCAGAUAUUUGAGGAUUGUCAGCCAGAAGAUAGCAGGCCCACCAGGAAAUGGACAGGACAUGACCGUGAAUGGUGGUUCGAGGGUUGGCCAAAGAGCUGGUUAGAACCUGAACAAAGUUCUAACCAGCUAUUUGAGGAUUGUCAGCCAGAAGAUAGCAGGCCCACCAGGAAAUGGACAGGACAUGACCGUGAAUGGUGGUUCGAGGGUUGGCCAAAGAGCUGGUUAGAACCUGCACAAAGUUCUAACCAGAUAUUUGAGGAUUGUCAGCCAGAAGAUAGCAGGCCCACAGAGAAAUGGUCAGGACAUGACCGUGAAUGGUGGUUCGAGGGUUGGCCAAAGAGCUGGUUAGAACCUGCACAAAGUUCUAACCAGAUAUUUGAGGAUUGUCAGCAAGAAGAUAGCAGGCCCACAGAAGAAUGGACAGGAAAUGACCGUGAAUGGUGGUUCGAGGGUUGGCCAAAGAGCUGGUUAGAACCUGAACAAAGUUCUAACCAGAUAUUUGAGGAUUGUCAGCCAGAAGAUAGCAGGCCCACCAGGAAAUGGACAGGACAUGACCGUGAAUGGUGGUCCGAGGGUUGGCCAAAGAGCUGGUUAGAACCUGAACAAAGUUCUAACCAGAUAUUUGAGGAUUGUCAGCCAGAAGAUAGCAGGCCCACCAGGAAAUGGACAGGACAUGACCGUGAAUAGUGGUUCGAGGGUUGGCCAAAGAGCUGGUUAGAACCUGAACAGAGUUCUAACCAGAUAUUUGAGGAUUGUCAGCCAGAAGAUAGCAGGCCCACAGAGAAAUGGUCAGGACAUGACCGUGAAUGGUGGUUCGAGGGUUGGCCAAAGAGCUGGUUAGAACCUGAACAGAGUUCUAACCAGAUAUUUGAGGAUUGUCAGCCAGAAGAUAGCAGGCCCACAGAGAAAUGGUCAGGACAUGACCGUGAAUGGUGGUUCGAGGGUUGGCCAAAGAGCUGGUUAGAACCUGCACAAAGUUCUAACCAGAUAUUUGAGGAUUGUCAGCGAGAAGAUAGCAGGCCCACAGAAGAAUGGACAGGACAUGACUGUGAAUGGUGGUUCGAGGGUUGGCCAAAGAGCUGGUUAGAACCUGAACAAAGUUCUAACCAGAUAUUUGAGGAUUGUAAGCCAGAAGAUAGCAGGCCCACCAGGAAAUGGACAGGACAUGACCGUGAAUGGUGGUCCGAGGGUUGGCCAAAGAGCUGGUUAGAACCUGAACAAAGUUCUAACCAGCUAUUUGAGGAUUGUCAGCCAGAAGAUAGCAGGCCCACCAGGAAAUGGACAGGACAUGACCGUGAAUGGUGGUUCGAGGGUUGGCCAAAGAGCUGGUUAGAACCUGAACAAAGUUCUAACCAGAUAUUUGAGGAUUGUCAGCCAGAAGAUAGCAGGCCCACCAGGAAAUGGACAGGUCAUGACCGUGAAUGGUGGUUCGAGGGUUGGCCAAAGAGCUGGUUAGAACCUGCACAAAGUUCUAACCAGAUAUUUGAGGAUUGUCAGCCAGAAGAUAGCAGGCCCACAGAGAAAUGGUCAGGACACGACCGUGAAUGGUGGUUCGAGGGUUGGCCAAAGAGCUGGUUAGAACCUGAACAAAGUUCUAACCAGAUAUUUGAGGAUUGUCAGCCAGAAGAUAGCAGGCCCACCAGGAAAUGGACAGGACAUGACCGUGAAUGGUGGUCCGAGGGUUGGCCAAAGAGCUGGUUAGAACCUGAACAAAGUUCUAACCAGAUAUUUGAGGAUUGUCAGCCAGAAGAUAGCAGGCCCACCAGGAAAUGGACAGGACAUGACCGUGAAUGGUGGUUCGAGGGUUGGCCAAAGAGCUGGUUAGAACCUGAACAGAGUUCUAACCAGAUAUUUGAGGAUUGUCAGCCAGAAGAUAGCAGGCCCACAGAGAAAUGGUCAGGACAUGACCGUGAAUGGUGGUUCGAGGGUUGGCCAAAGAGCUGGUUAGAACCUGAACAGAGUUCUAACCAGAUAUUUGAGGAUUGUCAGCCAGAAGAUAGCAGGCCCACAGAGAAAUGGUCAGGACAUGACCGUGAAUGGUGGUUCGAGGGUUGGCCAAAGAGCUGGUUAGAACCUGCACAAAGUUCUAACCAGAUAUUUGAGGAUUGUCAGCGAGAAGAUAGCAGGCCCACAGAAGAAUGGACAGGACAUGACUGUGAAUGGUGGUUCGAGGGUUGGCCAAAGAGCUGGUUAGAACCUGAACAAAGUUCUAACCAGAUAUUUAAGGAUUGUAAGCCAGAAGAUAGCAGGCCCACCAGGAAAUGGACAGGACAUGACCGUGAAUGGUGGUUCGAGGGUUGGCCAAAGAGCUGGUUAGAACCUGAACAAAGUUCUAACCAGAUAUUUGAGGAUUGUCAGCCAGAAGAUAGCAGGCCCACCAGGAAAUGGACAGGACAUGACCGUGAAUGGUGGUUCGAGGGUUGGCCAAAGAGCUGGUUAGAACCUGAACAGAGUUCUAACCAGAUAUUUGAGGAUUGUCAGCCAGAAGAUAGCAGGCCCACAGAGAAAUGGUCAGGACAUGACCGUGAAUGGUGGUUCGAGGGUUGGCCAAAGAGCUGGUUAGAACCUGCACAAAGUUCUAACCAGAUAUUUGAGGAUUGUCAGCAAGAAGAUAGCAGGCCCACAGAAGAAUGGACAGGACAUGACCGUGAAUGGUGGUUCGAGGGUUGGCCAAAGAGCUGGUUAGAACCUGAACAAAGUUCUAACCAGAUAUUUGAGGAUUGUCAGCCAGAAGAUAGCAGGCCCACCAGGAAAUGGACAGGACAUGACCGUGAAUGGUGGUUCGAGGGUUGGCCAAAGAGCUGGUUAGAACCUGAACAAAGUUCUAACCAGCUAUUUGAGGAUUGUCAGCCAGAAGAUAGCAGGCCCACCAGGAAAUGGACAGGACAUGACCGUAAAUGGUGGUUCGAGGGUUGGCCAAAGAGCUGGUUAGAACCUGAACAAAGUUCGAACCAGCUAUUUGAGGAUUAG